AGUGGCAGUGAAGCUUGUGUGGAGGGUGACAAGAAGCACCAGCGGAGCUUCGUGGAGUUCUGGUCCGGCUGUGAGUGAGUGUUGUCCGGAUAUUCAGCCAUGGUUCAGACGUGCUCAGCGUACGGCUGUAAGAACCGCUACCACAAAGACAAAGACAUUUCAUUCCACAAGUUUCCUCUGGCCCGUCCAGAUAUCUGCUGUAAAUGGGUGGCCGCGAUGAGGAGAAACAACUUCAAGCCAACAAAGUACAGCAACAUCUGCUCCCAGCACUUCACCGAAGACUCCUUCAAGAGGGAGUGCAACAACCGUGUGCUGAAGGAGAGCGCUGUGCCGUCGCUGUUCACCUUCAACCUCAGCAUCAAGCAGUCAGAGUCCCUGGAGGAUCCCUUCCCCUCUGAGAACCUCUUCCCGCUUUCUCUGCCUCUGACCUCUGAACCAGCAGAGGAGGAGGAGCCUGAGAGCAACCCGCUCGACACCUGCAGCGACACGAUGACAAUGACCACAACGACGACGGCGGUCUCCUGCGACCACAACUACACGGUAGAGGACUCGGCACAGCAGAAGAGGCGCAUCGAGCUGCUGGAGGAGCAGGUGGAACAUCUGAGGAAGAAGCUGAAGACGGCGCAGCAGAAGUGUCGGCGGCAGGAGAGGCAGCUCAAGAGGCUGAAGACCGCCCGGGAGGCGGCACCCAGGAUGGCCCGUCAGUCGGCGCCGGAGCCGGGCUUCAGUGAGGGAUAUGUGAUUUUGCCGAAACACAUCUACCACAGUUUGAAAGGCAUCGAGUGAGGCGGAGUGGAGAAGUUUCAUCUGCUGCUGAACUGAAGGACACAAAUAUUCACAUAUCUUUCUAUUUUUCUUUUUGUUUUCUAGAGCUCGGGCUGCACUUAAAUGACUUCUUAAAGCUUUAGGUUUCGGUUUGGUUUCAAGAGCCAACAGCUCUUCAUACUUGAUGCACACAGACUGAUGGUUCUUGUCACUGUGAGGAAAACAAAGCACAGUUAUGCCCCCCCCCCCUCCCAAAAAGAAAGAAAACUGUUGAACUAUUCCUUUAAAGAGUGCUUUUUAUGCUUUUUAUGUUCUGUCACAUAUACAAGGUGUUACCACAUAAGCUGAGGUGAGAUCGUCAUCUCUGGAUUUUCUUGACCGAUUUCGUUGUGCCCUGCAAGAGCAAACAACAGCUUCUGUUUUACACUGUGCUGAAUUUCUCUAGGAGGAUCAUCCCAGUGAGGAGAGCUGGGUCUGCAGCCACAACUGAGCAGUUUUCAUCUGAAGAGCCCACGGUGUCGAAGCUCAAACGCGAGAGCCGAGGCCAUUAUGAACCAUGAUGUUCGGAGGCAUCUGAGGUAGAUCGUUAGGAGAAUCGAUCUGAGCCUUUAGGUUUUGAGUUUUGCAAAUUAAAGAGGAAAAAAAACUGGUAAACCUGAGAAGAAAUAACAAAUUUAUAAGAGAAAGAAAUGGUAAAUUUAUGAGAGGAAAAAAAUUAACAAAUUCAUCAGGAAAAAACACUUUUUUUCUACUCUUUGAUCUGUAUGAUGUCAUAGAGAGAUGAUAUCUUGAUAUGGUCAUGUUGGGCACAGAAGCAAUACCCAGCUAAUCAGAAAGAAAGACGGCUCAAAGUCGGAGAGGCUAAAACGCCUAAUUUCAGACAGAGGAUGAACUGAAAACCCGGUAUCAAAAAAAGAGAUUAUUUUGAACUGUGACUCAUGCAAAGCUGCUCUGAGAGUUUAUGAAUUAAAAACACGAUGCUGGAAAUGUGCUGGAUAGAUCCCCAUUAAACAUUCUGCUGUUUAAUAUGGAAAUAAAAUUUGACAGUAUGAAAUGAA